GGAAACAAGAGUUGAUAUAAGAGUCGGGGCACCUCACGGCUGCGGCGCGCAGUGCUCAAUAUGUAAUGUUCAAUGCGAUGUGUAUGUUAAGCGCGCGUUUGUUUCAUGCCGGACUCGACGCGAAGUUGAGCAAGAGCAACAGCAAGGCGGCAUCGGCAUAACGCUGCUACGUUUCGUUUCGGUAAGGUCACGCGGCACACCCUGCCGCGCAGUGUGCACAAUUAGUAUUAAAUCCGAAGCAGAAAAACUUUUCACAUUCAAGACUCGCGCGUGGCUGUCUUCGCUCGACACCGCAUCUCGCGCGCGCAAUAAACUGACAUUCUGCACGGAUUGUCCGCAUUGCCGCGCACUUGAGUUGUUGUGGCGCAAUUAGGUUUUUAAAUUCAAUCAGAUUCGUCGUGUGCGCGCUCGAUCGGAAAAGUUAGCGGCCGUUCAAGACCAAACUCGCCCGCGCAUGGAGUGAACGCUAAACGGUUUAUGUAACGCUGAGUUAUUCGUUUGCAUCGCGAUCGCGAGAUCAAUUGAAAGUGAAAAUGUGGCCGUUCGCGCUGGCCAUCGUUGUUGCGUUAGCCGCACGCUGCGAUGCGAUGGACAAUUUGAAUGUUGCGUUCCAAUGGCGGCAGCUAGACUUCGCCUUCACGUCCGACCAGCAUCGACAGGAUGCCAUCGCCAAAGGCGAAUUCGUCCAGGAGAAUAAUCUGCCGCUGGGUCUGGAGGUACACGACGAGCGCGUGUUCAUCACGGUGCCGCGCUGGAAGUCUGGCGUCGCUGCAUCAUUGACCUACAUUAAACUCUCAGAUUCAAUGGACAGCCCGAAACUACACCCGUAUCCGAAUUGGGAGGCACACAAGCUGCCGACGAGCGCCGGAAGCGACCCUCCGGAAAUCGUUUCGCCGUUCCGCAUCCGAGCCGAUCAAUGCGGCCGUCUCUGGGUGUUGGACACGGGCGUAGCUGACCUUCUGGGAGACACCAAGGUGUACUCCUCGGCGUCCCUGCUCGUCUACGAUCUGCAUAAUGAUGCGCUGCUGCGCCGGUACCAGAUACCCAAAGAACAGGUCAAGGACGAAAGUUUCCUGGCGAACAUCGCUGUCGAGGACACCAAUUGUGACGACUCAUAUGCCUACCUCGGCGACCUUGGCGCAGCUGGUCUCAUAGUAUUCAUGGAAAAGCAGACAUCUUGGCGUAUUGUGCACAAUUACUUUAAUAUGGAUCCCACCGCGGGUGAAUUCAACGUCUCGGGCAUUUCUUUCCAAUGGACUGACGCGCUUUUCGGGCUGGGCUUAUCCGCUCCCGGGCAGGAUGGCUUCAGCACGCUGUAUUUCCAUCCAAUGUGCAGCACCAAUGAGUUCUCCGUGAAUACCAAGUAUCUUCGUGAUGAGGAGUCGAAGGACAGCAAGGACAACUUCCACCAGUACAAAUUGCUUGGCAGUCGCGGGCCGAAUGCCCAGAGCAGCGUGUCCUUCCUCGACAAGAACACCGGAGUGCUAUUCUACGCUCUAUUGAACCUCAACGCCAUCGCCUGCUGGAAGACCACCAAUCCUUCAUAUACCAUGCAGUCACAGGGACGCGUCUUCAUGAGCAACGUCAGCAUGGUGUUUCCGAACGACAUCAAGGUGGACGCCAAGGGCAACCUCUGGGUUCUUUCCGACCGACUGAGCACUUUUAUGUACUCGAGGCUUGACGUGAAGGACGUCAACUUCCGAAUUCUCACCGCAACGGUAUCAGACGCCAUACGGGGCACCGCGUGUGACGCAAAGCUGGUCAUCCCGCCGAAGAUGAAAGACAAGGGUACAAAUGAAAUCGGUGGUGCGAGCGGCGAGUCCUCAUCGCCAGCCACCUGCCAUGUCAAUGUCGUACUUAACUUAUUCCUGCUGAUUGUAAUGAUGAUUUGGAAAUGAUCACGCUCAUACUUAAUCGCUUGUGAUUACAUUAGUCAAAUCAUGGUUAGUGUGCCAUCGAUUCGAUUCAAAGGUUUAGCAUGAAGUCGAUGUAAAAUACAGAGCAUUUUAGUUACCGCUAGUUAAUUUUUGGAGCUUAUUUAUUAUAGUUUUGUAACGCUAUCACCGAUACGUUCAUGUUUCGAGCAAGAUUUUACACGUUUUAUGUAUAUAAUUUUAUUACUGCAAAUUUAAACAGUUGUUUGUACGUUGAUGACACUGAAAUUUAUUAAAUGUAUUCUAUGACGA